CGGGCACUUUAAAGUGUGAGUUGGACCGCUGAGUGUGACAUCUAAACUCGUAACCGUGUCAGAGCUUGUCGUCAUUUCUGUGACAGUGUCACGACCUGAUCUGUGAAGCUGGUUGAAGUGCAAGUUCAAAUCAAUUUGAAUAGCAUUUUUGGGAAGGAGUUAACGUGUGUUUACGGUGUUUUCUUAAUGAAGAGCCCACUUUCUUCAAAUGUGUACGUCUCGAAUGCAGAGGCUAAGCUUCUGAGGUUGAAAGGGAACCUGACUAACGAACUGAUUACUUCUGAGAUUAAGUACAUCAGUUAUCUUAAAAAAGUUCUAAAGUACUUUGCGAGACCAUUGUGUGAUCAUAGGUACUUACCAGAGGAUAUACAUGCUGAGAUAUUUGGACGCCUGGUGCCCAUUUUAAACGUCAACGAGACUCUUUUGGAGUCCCUGCUGACGGUUGGAGUUGAGAAAGCCUUCUUGAAAAUUUCUCCGUGUUUAAAACUGUAUGCAGACUAUGCUCGUCGCUAUCAGACAAACGUUGUCUUUAUGGAGACUUGUAUUACAUUCACGCCUGGUCUACUGGAAUUCAUAAAUAAACAAGAAAACUUACCAGAUGUUAAUUUGCAACUGGCUGCAUUUCUAAUCAUGCCUAUACAGCGUGUUCCCCGGUACUCCUUAAUGCUUCAAGAACUCGUCACUAUUUAUCUUCAACUAGAUGGUCUGACUAGUACUGAGGCGAAUGAUGUUGCUGUAAGUAUCACUCAAGCCGCUCAUCAUGACAACAUGAUACCAGAAUAUGCAGCCACACUUAUUUUGAAGUUGUGGGAAAAUUAUAAACAAAGGGGUUUCAGUUCACCAUCUAACAGUUCUAAUUUUCCAGUUGUACGAAGUUAUGUUCAUCGGAUGAAACCCUGUACAAUUAUUCUGUUGGCAGGUUUUGCUAGUGUUGUGUCAACAGCAACAUUCCUAAAUGAACAGAUAAGAAUAAGUGAACAGGCAACAAAGGCUGCAUUGUUGCAAUCGAGACUUUUGGGGAAAUGGUCACGUAAUUUAAUUCUGGUACCUGGUCGGAAGUUAUUAAAGUAUGGAAUCGUAAAGAAGAAAAAUUCACUGGAUGGAGUGGCUGAACCUCGCUUACUGGUGAUCCUGUCUGACAUACUGGUGUAUGCUACACCCCGAACUCAGACAGACUUGGAAUCUAUUUUCAGUAAUAAGUUGGUUGUUGGUCGAAAAUAUCCAGAAUUUUUAAAAUCCUUUUCUGCGGGAAAAACACCCUUAAAGUGUGUCAAACUUAUGCAGGGAAGAAAUAAGGCAUAUCCACUGACCCGAGUUUCCAAAUAUUCCACGCCAGUUCGCUCCGAGAAUUCUGUUUCUCAGAGUCUUUUGGAUUCGGAUGACUGUUUGACAAACAGUAAAGUCUGCUUUUCAUGUGUUUCUGUUUAUCCCCUACAUCACUGUCAUAUCCAAGUGCAUUUUAGAACAUCGUCCACCUUUCUGCAACCUAUUCCCGAGUCUCCUGAAAACAGAUCAAAUAAAACCAAUUCAGUGUUUGUUUCCCCAGGAUCUACUGUGAAUUUUCAUAAUCGUACGGCGUCUACACCACUCGUAUUUGAUGGAUGUUCAUGUGAUGCUUCUCCUGUGGUUAAAUUUAAUAAAUUUGAUUCAUCAAUUAAAUCCGAUAAAGAUGAAGAGUUGUCUAAACCUUGUCAGUCGGUGAAUGAAUACAGUUUUUCCGUACAUUGUCGUGAUGCUAGUUUCACAAUUGUUACUAAAGAUUUAGCAGGAGCCGAGGAGUGGAUAUCUAGUCUCGAGACAGCCAUUGAAGCCGUCAAGACAGCGCGACAGAGUCUUCGUAAGGAAAGUAGUGCUAAAUGGCCAAUGCGUGCUUCCGAUUUUAUUCAGUUUGAACAGUGGUUGGAGCAAAAGCGCUCAGCGGAAGAGUCAAUGAAGUGUUCCGAAAUCUUUCAAAGUGUGGGAGUGUCUCAGAUCGCUGAUGACAGUGUUCUUGCAUCCUCAAAUAUUCUUGACUCGUCGAAGGUGGAAAAGAAACUUGAAGAGUAUCGCAGGCGUAAGUCAAUAGGUUGUGAACAUGAAAGGAUCAAUCGUUUGUCUAACAUAUUUUGUGACAGUGGUAGUUACGAAUGUAAUCGGAAGAAAUCAGAGCGAAAGGCGGCCUGUGGAAUUUCUCUGAGUUCAGUUAUAUCCAGACUAAGGAGGAAGACAUUCACCGCCACUGAUGCAAUAUCUGAAUAUUCAGACAGAUCUGUUCGUCUGGUGUCUGUAGCUGCUAUUUCAAAUGAGGAUGAGGUUGGUUCUAGUAGAGUUAACUCUCAAAGUCAAGUGAAUACUGAUAGCCGCUGUCGGUUAUCAAGUUGAGGGGAAUUCACCUUCUACUUGUAAUAUGUAAUGGCUGUUAUACCCGAAAAUGUUUCGAGUGUAUUGGAAGAACAUUUAUGUAUGAGUGGUGAAUGCAUUUCAAAGCUCUUCUCAUCACUUCUGUUAUCCUCAUAUUCUCCCAAGAAGUAACAUUUUGAAAACACUUAGAUUGAAUAUGAUUAUCCUGAGUGCUUUGUGUCAACUAUAUUCCACUUAAAUUACUUUCAAUAUUUCUAUGUGAAUAUAAUUUCUGCUCUAUAUGUGUGAACAAUAGGUAUGUGGGUGCACACAUCUAUUGUGAUGUCUUCAGUCAGUUAGCUUUUCUGUGAUUAUCAUCUCCAGCUUCUCUGUCAACUUUCAUUCUUCCCUGUAGUAUCCUACAGGAAUGUUGAAGAGCAUUUAUGAUGCAUUUAUUGUGUUUUAUUUGUAUACUUCGAAUACACUAUCUAUUUUUGGAAUUAUUGUUUAUACUUUUUUCUAGUUGGAGACGACUAUGAUUAUGGAAGAGUCUGUUGUUCUCUUUUUGUACAUUAAACACAUAACGAUGAUCUUAUUGAUUAAGUUGGCAGUAUUUUUUUUAUGGAGCAGUUUGUAUGCAGCAUUUAAGAAUUUCGGUGGGAAAAACGCCUUUUGACUUGUAACAUUCCAAUUUUGGUUUUUUCUCAUCUUAUCUUCGCAUGUAUAGAGAUACAGUGGUUUUCCUAUUUUCUACAUGAAAAUAUA